GUCGCCCGGGCCUCUGGACGGCGUCAGCAGCGGCGGCGAGAGGGGAGGCGCAGGGGAGCGGCGGCGCGGCGAAGCGGGUGCGGUGGGAGGAGGAGGAGGUGGCGUGCGGCACGGAGCACACGGUGGUGUAUCUGCUGCUGCAGAGCGGCCGCCUCUCCCCCCGCGGGCUUGCCACGCUCGCCUGCCUCUGCCGCUCCUUCAGCCAUGAAGGCGAGGAGGGAAGGGGGAAAAGGGGAGGGAUGGAACGGGGAAAGGGGAAAUGGGAGGGAGGGAAAAGGGAGGUGAGGAAAAGGGUGGGGGGAACGGGUGGGGGGUUUGAGGUGAAGCGGGUGCGGUGGGAGGAGGAGGAGGUGGCGUGCGGCACGGACCACACGGUGGUGUAUCUGCUCCUGCAGAGCGGCCGCCUCUCCCCGCGCGGCCUCGCCACGCGCGCAUGCCUCUGCCGCUCCUUCCGCCAUGCGUGUGAGGACGAGAUGCUGUGGCAUCUGGUGUGCAUCGUGCACUGGCCCAGCCUUAACGCUCCAGACCUUGAAGCCAGAAUACGAGCGAGUGGUGGUUACAAGAGGUUCUGCCGUUUGCUCCACACGCCCUGUGGGGAGGUCCAGUCCACCAUUCCAGCAGGCCACGUGGACGAGUUCGUGUCUGACGUCAUCUUCCUUGUUGACGUGUCGUACCGUGGUUCGCCCAUCUUCGCGCGUCGCAUCAGCGGGGCGAGCGACCUGGAGCACCUGCAGCAGCCCGACUCGUUCGCCUUCAGGCUGCCAGACAUCAAUGUGGGCGCAGUGCUGGUGGACGGCAAGCCAGGGCCGAGCAGACUCGUGAGUGGUCUUAAGGGGCCCUUUCCUAUUCUCUUUUCCCCACAUCCAAUCCAAACGACUUUUGAUUCACAGGUGGGCGCAGUGCUGGUGGACGGCAAGCCUGGGCUGAGCAGGCGGGCGUUGGAGCGCGCAGCGAGGGAGCUGCAGGUGUCGUGUCUGGCGCUCAGGGGGCGCGACGACUGCUUUGCUGUGCUGCUCAACGCUGCCACCUCACAGAACAGCAUCAUUGGCGGGUAG